GGCUUUUCUCAUUGCAAAAGUCGGGGAAAAACAUUUUCCAAAUUACAAUUUGCAACCAACAAAACAACCCUAUGAAAUAAACUCAGUUGAAUAUCUACCGAGAUGGGAAUCCUCAAAAUCUGCCAGAAGUUGAGGUAUGGCGGCUUAAACCUUUCCUACAGCCAUUGCAUUUCUCUUUCUCCUAUUUCAUAUGCUACGAAUUGUACAAUUUGCUCAACUGGGUACACCUUAAUUAAUCAAUCUUACAAGCCCAAAUCUUCAAAUUAUUAUUUUUCAUCGAUUAUCUCAAAUGGGUCGAAUUCAAAUUCUCAAACAUUUAAGAAUUUGUUGGGUUCUGCUGAAUGUAGCAGACAAUUUUUGAGGUAUAAUUUCAGCUCUAAAUUGUUCUCUAGUUGUUGUAUUGAUUCCUCAGCCAAAACCGUUAGAAAUUUGGCUAAGAACGAAGCAUCAAUUGGUUUCAUAAUUGAUGUUAUUAAAGGUGAUUCCAAUGAUAUGGAAUUUAGGUUGAAUUCAAUUGGUUUGAAUCAGGAGAAGUUAAUUCUAGAGAUUUUAUGUUCCUUGAAUAUUUUGAAGGUCCCUGCAUUGCGAUUCUUUGCUUGGUUGAAAGUUGCACAUUCAAAUUAUUGUAAAAAUGCCAAUGUAUGUAGUUUGGUUGUUGCUAAUUGUGGGUUGUUGGGAGAUAGUGCUGGUAUGCUUAAACUGCUUAAAGGUUUUAGGGAUAAGCAGAUUUGCCUUAGCGAAAAGGCGUUCGGGUUUUUGCCCAUUUUGAGUACCAAUAUAGAGGCAGAUAUGAUAUCUAUUGCUGAAGUUAUAGAGAUUUUAAAUGAAGUUGGUGGGUCGUGUCGUAAUUCUGGAAUUCAUUCCUUGGUUGAGAUGCUUUGCUCUUUCAAUGCUUUAGAUUUAGCUAAAUAUGUAAUUGAGAUUUCGGAGAGGAAGGUGUCUUAUUACAAUGUUUUGAUGAAAUAUUUAUGCAUUAGAGGCGAGUUUGAAAAUGCAAGAAAUCUUUUCGAGGAGAUGAGGGGCGUAAGGUGUGACCCUGAUUGUAAAACCUAUAACUACUUCAUUAGUAGUUUGUGCAAGCAAGGAAGUAUUGAUGAAGCAUUCUCUGUUUUCCGAGAGAUGAUUAGUAAAGCCUGUUCCCCGAAUUUGAUUACUUUCGAAAUACUGAUAUAUUUCGCCUGUAGAUAUGGAAGGUCAGACCAGGCUGUUAUGUUUUAUGACCUAAUGGUUUCUAGCAAUGUUAAACCUCGUCUUUCGACUCAUUAUGCUUUCAUCAGAGGUUAUUUCAGUUCCCAACGGUUUAAGGAGGCAUAUAGGUAUGUAGUUGAUGCUUCUGCAUUUGAUAAAUGUACGGCUCAAGGAAUGUACAAUGUAUUGGCAAGCCUUCACAUAAAUGAUGGGAAUCUUUUCGUUGCUCAUAAUGUUCUUUUAGAAAUGCUUGAAAAAGGGCUUAAGCCUAAACAUUCUAUUUUUCUAAGAGCCACAAAGUGUCUCCGCAAGAUUGGGAAGGCCAAUUUUGCUGAUAAUUUAAAUGCUCUGUAUGGCAGUCGAAGUUCUGGGUGAUACCUUCCUUUUCUUCCUUUGUCUUUUCAACAUAUUAUUACUCUCUUUGUUGGACCAAUAGAGUGUUGAUUAUUGCAAAAUCUUUUGGAAAUUUCAUUGAAGGGUUCGAUUUGAAGAUGGUUUCACAGAAACUUCACUAUUGUGGUCUAUGUUGCUUAACCGCCACAAUUUUUGACAAGUACAAAUGUUGGUCCUCAAAAUCCCUAAAAGGGCAUGGCUUUGUAAUCUUACCUGUAAAAAAAACUGUACAGCAAUGUAAUUGCACUCACCCUUUUGAUAGACAUAGUAAAGUCUCAAAGCAGGCUUCACAUUUUGCUUCAUUCAUAGGAAUAUGCGGCCCUGGGGCCUCUGCCGUCCCAUGAAUUACUGCAGUUAUUCUAGUCUGAACAUGGUCUUCCAUGUACAUUUCUUUUCUGGUCAACAGGUAAGACAUGUACUCCUACCCUUCUUUUCCGUGCAUAGUUGAAUUUGGUUCCAUGAAUACUCUUCAUUAUUUUUUUUCUAGUGAGACAUAUACGUCCUUCCAACAACGGAGCAAAGUUGAUUGGCGACAGUGCGCAAUCUGUUGAAGAACUAAAAAUCUUGUGAAAAAUCUUUAGUAAUUUCUAGUUCAAGUGAACUAGGUUGGAGUUACUCUAGUGACUGUAUCCCUUGCUGCAUGAUGAACUUCGUUGAUUGGAUUUAUGUAAACUUUGUUCAAGAUACAGAAUAACUUCCUUGAAGUAGGAAUAUAUGAUAAUCCUUUUUCUAGCUUUCAUUGUUCCUUUUCUUUGGGGUUAGAUUCUAGCUUUCAUAAUUAAAUCUCCUUUAUCUUGUCCUCUUUUCAAGUAAAACUUUAUUGAAGUAGUGAUUACUGAUUAAGUUUGUGUGAUAAUACUAUUCGAGUUUGAGCCCAACCUAACCCCACUGAACUUAAGUUCAACGACACUCGAAAACUCUCAAACUGAUCAUACUUCAGUGGUCAUAGUUAAACUGACCACCAAAAUUGAGGGCUCCAGUUGUUUGCUGACCAGUGGUAAUAGCAAGUAAUACCACGUGUGUAAUAGCAAGAAUUGUUUUCUGAAAUUUCUUGAACAGUUUUCUAUUGUUACGAAAAUUGUUCUCUAAAAAUUGAGAAAAUUAUAAAAUAUUUUUCUGAAAAUAUAUUUUCUGCGGUAACUUUUCUCUCUCCUCUCCUCUCCUGAUCUCAUCCUGUACCCAAAACCCUCGCAAAUCAGUGUUCAGCGGGAGGCCAUGGCCGGAGUCCUUUUAGAAGUACAAACCAGGUUCAAUGCUUGGUUGGCUGGUUGCACACUUUGUGUCUCUACUUUACAACCUAGAUGCAUAUCAGAAAAAGGUUUCAGAAUAAUUGGGCUACAAGACAUUUCUGCCGAUGGAGUUCCCUUUGCGCUGCUUGGAGAAAUCGAAGAUUACCCAGUGACGACUUGACCUGCCCUUGCUUGGUUGAUUGGUUGAUUGGUUGAUUGGUUGUUCCUUGCUGAAUUAACCUACUCUUGCUUAUUUUAGGCUGAUAUACCCAAGUGUUGUACACUUGUUUUAUCACUUUUCUUUUUUAUUUGAUCAUCUAGUAAUCAAAAAAGACCCGAUCAUUGUUUCUCUCCACAGGUGGGUUGUGUUUAUCUGUGCCAGGUAUAAUAAGAGCUAAUAGUGGAGAAAGAUACGUGGUUGGAUGUCAUAACAUAGUCGACAAGGAGAAACUAAAUAUCGGAACACAAGUUGUUAUUGAUAUGACUGCUGAAUCUUUGUAGUGCAGAUCAAGUGAUACGCAUCAGCGCAUAUUCCUGCAUCAUAGAGUUCUUGGAGAUUCUUAUUUGAACGGCAGUAAAGAUUCGAUUGGUGAGAGAAGUCACCAUGCCUUUUGCAGUUCACAAACCCAGAGUUGAAAAUUUUGCCUUUAGGUUAUUAAAGAGGCAGCAAGCUUUGAUGGCAACAGAACCGCAGAGUCAUGUUCAGUUUUACAUGAAACAGAUUUAUGGGUGAUAACAGUCGACAUGCUGUACAAAAUAAACAGAGAGGAUUAAGCAUUCCUCUGUUUAAUGAGCACAGUUCUUCAUGGGAAACUAGAUAUUUUGCUCAUUUGGCAAACAAGAAAAGUUGAUCAUGGAACAGUAACAUAUUUGGAGAAAAUAGACUUCCUUCUAAGUAAUCUACUAGAAGCUCACAGUGUUUGGGUCAAUGAUAUUGAGAUACGAGUUCAUCUCCAGUAUGCUGGUCACCCGAUUGCCAACGACAUGCUCUAUCUUGGUGAAUCAGUUGGCCAGCGUUCUACUGAGGGAACAAGAGUAGCUGCCAGAUCAAAGGAUUCUAUAUCGUCCAAAACUUCUGAAAACAAGAAGGCAGAAGAAGAGUCCUUCACAGAUUUUACUAAAACUCCUAGGUGUACGCGCAUAUCCCAAAUUUGGCCCCUACAGGGUAAGAAUUUGUUCUUGUCGAUGAUUCUUAGGAUUUUCCUCUGAAAUGUGCUGCUAAAAGUAAUACACAAGGGAAAUUGUUUGAUGGAUAUCAAUGUUUAUAGUGGGUAUUGCUAAAAAUCUAAAACUGAUAUUAUGUAAUCAGUCACCUUUUAUGAAAAGAAAAUGCGAGUAAGAUUUUUCCA